AAAGGCAGAGUGGAGUUCAAUGAGGAAACCUACAGUCUGACACUGAAGAACUUACAGAAGACUGAUAGUGGACUGUAUGAAGAACAAGCGUCUGCUGACAAUGUCACAGUUGUUGCUGAGUACAGACUCUCUGUGUUGGAUCCAGUGGAGGCUCCAGUCCUGACUCACCAGCUAAGCAGAGACACCUGCAACAUCACUCUCACCUGUAGAGGUCAUGACCUCUCUAUCAGCUCCAGCUGUUACAAAGAAACCUGUGAGGAGAAGGAAGUGACAUCACCUGGAGGUGUCGCCCUUUCCCUGUCUGUCAGUGGCAGCACCAUCAUCUGUAACCAUAGCAACCCAGCCAGCUGGAAGACAGAUGCUUUGGAGUUGAAAGAACUGGAACGACUCUGUGAUGAUGGUUUAACAGUGCCUGUCGUGGUUGGCGUAGUGGUUGUCAUCAUUCUUAUUGUUGCCUUCAUCGUCAUAUAUCUCUACUGGUGGAAAAAAAAGAGGUCCCCCACAACUGACCGCCAGACUGAUGCACCAGUCGAGAAUUCUGCAGACAACGGAGAGAAUGAGACCAGGACAUGAGACACACAGCAAGCUGAACAGAAUCAAGCAUGAAAAGUCAUAAGUGAUGCAGUUCCUAUUUGUUGUACAAGCUGAAAAGCUAAAGUUUGUGUUGUGGAAUAAAAAGAAUGCUGUGUGCCACCAUA